UCGCUGGUGUUCAUGGGAUUUCUCGUUGUCAAACUCGAGUCGGAAGUCCAUGCAUGAAGUCAUUGUGUUUGAGGUCGGCCUCACCCCAGUCAAAAUCAACAAGGAGAAUAUUUCUACUCUCCAGCUACUAGAAGGAACUUAAAGCAGCCAUGGCCAACUAUGUGGGAUUUGCUAAUCUACCAAAUCAAGUCCACCGAAAAUCUGUGAAGAAGGGAUUUGAGUUUACCUUGAUGGUUGUGGGUGAAUCUGGACUAGGAAAGUCCACCCUUAUUAACAGCUUGUUUCUGACAGAUCUUUACACGGACAGGAAAUUGCCCAAAGCUGCUGACAGUAUAAAAAGGACAGUAAAGAUAGAGACUUCAACAGUUGAAAUAGAGGAAAGAGGCGUUAAGCUACGCCUGACUAUUGUAGACACUCCUGGAUAUGGGGAUGGCAUGGACAACAAAGACAGUUUCAAACCAAUUUUGGAUUAUGUGAAUGACCAGUUUGAGAGUUACCUUAAGGACGAGUCUGGGCUCAAUCGACGUCACAUUGUGGACACAAGAGUACACUGCUGUUUUUACUUUGUAGCUCCAACAGGACAUGGACUCAAGCCUCUUGACAUUGAGUUUAUGAAGCAGCUUCAUGAUAAAGUGAACAUUGUUCCUGUCAUUGGAAAGGCUGACACUCUCACACCAACUGAACUGGACAGCAUGAAAAGAAGGAUUUUGGAUGAAAUUGAGGAACAAGGAAUCAAGACGUAUGAACUGCCAGACUGUGAGAGUGACGAGGAUGAAGAUUAUGUGGAACAAACAAAGCAACUGAAGGCUGGCAUGCCAUUUGCAGUUGUAGGAAGUAACACCUUGAUAGAGGUAUGCGGCAAGAAAGUUAGAGGGCGACUGUAUCCCUGGGGGGUGGUAGAAGUUGAAAACCCAAAGCACUGUGACUUUGUGAAGUUGCGCACCAUGCUUAUCACCCACAUGCAGGAUCUCAAAGAGGUAACCCAGGAGACUCAUUACGAGAAUUUCCGAGCCGCUCAACUGUCAGGUGAAAGUCCAGUCUCCAACCAGGACUUGAUUGACGCGCCAAAGAAUGGAAAAAGAGGUCAUCACAUUACGAGUGCUAUCCUGGAGAAAGACCGCGCCUUGAUGCAGAAAGAAGAGGAGCUUCGCCGUAUGCAAGAAAUGAUUGCUCAGAUGCAAGCACAGAUGAAAAGCCAGAGCUAAGCCAGAGUUACUGGGUCUGGAUAAAGCUAGUGGAAUGAUUCGCUGUAAGUCUUCGAUCAGCUCCAGAGAGUAACAGAAAGUAAUAAAGUAAUGAUACCGUGAACUCUCGAUUAUGACCCUUGGCAUACAAGGACCUCCAUCAUUUAUCAUAAGCCCAUGGAUUAUAAAGCCCCUUAUUUGUAAGCCUCGUGUUAAAGCCCAUCAUUAUGAAGUCCCUUGAUUGUAAGCCCAUUGAUGACAGUCUUGAUAAAGCCCGUCAAUUUUAGGUCCCUCGAUUAUAAGCUCCUUACCCCUUCCCCCACCUUCCUCCCUCUCCUCCUCCGUGGGGAUGUUUAAAUGCCAGGGGAUAUAACCGAUAGUUUGCGAAAGCAAAAUAGUGAAACAAGCAAUGUAGGUGAAAUUAAGCAAUUAUUUAAUGGAGCUAAAAGGGGAGAAGUUUUUUCUAAAGGUCAAUACAGUGUACAGUAGGUAGAUUUAUAGCGCCUUCGAUUCCGAUUGUAAUUUUGAAUAGAACUUUCCCCUCAAAAACUGUCAACAAAGCCACAAGUAUUUGCUAUUUUUAAUUUUUAUUUUUCACAAACAACAACAAACAUUUCUACGGUUAUAUUAGAUAAGUACAUUUGUAUUACAUGUAAUUUAAGAUUUCUACAACGUCUAAAAAGCAUAAAUUUUGGGGGGGGGGGGUGCAACUGAAGAACAUAGCACCAGUUUUAUAUUUAACACGUAGCCUAGUCUUAUGUAGAAUAUUAUUCAAAUAGAAAAUGAAACAGUGUAUUGCUGUCUACCUAAAGCUAAAACCAAGGAAACUGCGACGGAACUUGAACAAAAUCUGAAAAUUGUGAAAUGGUAUCGGGUCCAGAGAAAAGUUGUAGAAUGUUUUUUGUUUUGUUUUUGUUUUUUUUUUUUUAAUCGUAUAACGUGGCUUUUCCCGCGCUUUUCACGAGUUGCUCUUUUAUUUGUCAAUCGAAACCAACUCAGUUUCCCUUGUUUUUCAUUGGUUGCAUGUUAUCUGAUCGCGUCGGCUUGUGAUUGGCUUAUUAGACCAUCGUAUUUGGCAUUGGCACUAUUUACAGUUCUUUUGUUUUAGGUGUAUGACAGUGAGUAAAAAAUCUCUUUGACGAUACAAUGCACCUUUAUCACUUCGAAACUAUACGAGAACAACUCGUAAUUGUUUCAGCAAGCUAUAAUUUUUCUGAUCGAACUUUUGCCCUAGGUGUUUGGUUUAGGGAAUUGUCGCGUAACUGUUUACCAAGGGAAAAACUCUUUUGGUGAACGGUAAACCUUGGGUUUUGAAAGUUUUGUGGAAGCCACUGUGGUGUUCUUUUCCAGUGCCACAAAAUUCAUACCAAGUUCACUGUUUUCAGAUAACAUAUUUGAAGGGUUCCGCAACACUAAAAUGUUUUCGUUAGGCAUUAAAUAGCUGUGCUUUCAAAUCUUUCAUUGUAAUAGCGAGAUGUCGUUUAGGUUGAUGUAACCAAGAUUUUUAAUAUAUUUAUUAUGAGCUUUUAAUUGGAUGUAGUUCCCUAUUUCAGUCGUUGAAGAUUAUUUUAUCAACAUUAUUUUAUAAGUGUGGUGAAUUUGUGAAUUCUCUAUCACAUGUCAGACCAAAAGUGGGUAGACCGUCUUUCCUAGACCACGAUAUUAAUAUUUGUUACGAUAGAGAAAUUAAUAAAAUAUUAACAAAAAGUAA